AUGGCAGUUUUUCUCCGCAUCUUCAGCCAGCGGCACUCCCCGAGAAGAAGCACACUUGACGAUGUAGCAGCCGUUUCUCCUUGUGAGAGGGAGGUACUGACUAUCGGAAAACCCCCACGGGCAGCACAGUCUACUACUGAAGGCUCUGAAGUGUCCGGCGACUCGGAGGAGGCACCAUUACCAUGGGGCUGCACAAAAUCUUUAAUCGCAGGGCUUGCUUUUAGUGUGUUCUUGGUGCUAUUGUGGAUUUUGCCGGUUAAAGAGGUGCUGCGUCAUGUUGUAGAAUGCCAAAGAAAUAGCCCUGCUACAUACGUCUUAACUUACAUCGUCGCUGGACUGCUCGUUCCCGCCCCGCUGCUUUCUGUUUUGGCGGGUGUUUUGAUGGGCCCGUCGCCUCUUGCUGCGUUCGUCAUUCUCUGUGGGAGCUUGGGUUCAGCCUGUCUAGCCUUUGCUAUUUCGCGUUUCCUGUUGCGACAGUUUGUUGUCCGUCGGUUUGUGCGUCGCAGUAAACAACUGCAAGCCAUAGAGCUAGCUUUGCAGAAGGACUCAGUGAAGCUUGUCCUGUGCACGAGGAUGCUACUACCUUACACUUUCAACAACUAUUUCCUUGGGACAACCCCUAUAUCGGCCACAACGUUCGCGCUUUCAACGGUCGUGACUGGCGUUCCUUUUGCCAUUAUAUAUGCAAUAAUCGGAGGAGAGCUUCAAAGCCUCGACAGCGCACUGGAUGCGAAGUCAUUUGCGCUUCAGGGGACAGAAAUCGAUGUCUUCGGACUUUGCACAGUGUCCAAGAAGCAUUUGGAGGUCACAGGGAUAUGUGCAGGCAUUUGUUUGUGUUUUUUUGUGGUGCGGACGAUUAAACAGUUCGCCUCUCGCGUUAUUGCAGAGGCACAGCUCGAGUCAAGAGGCUAG